AUCAGCUUUUCAACUCCUUCUAAAUUCAUUUAUCAAAACACUUCUAUUACGACCAAAAUCAAAAAACUUAACACCGCCAAUUUCAAUUGUAUCGUCGCUUCAUCAUUUCCCAAAAGGUAUAAAUGGACGAAUAACAAUUUCAUUCAACUGAGUCGUUCAUCUCCCAAAACCGGCAAUUUGCUUCACAAAAUUCGUUCAUCUCCCAAACCAGGAAAAAUAUACUCCUUUACUGAAACUGAACUGCGAAAAUGGAGGAAAGUCGUUCAUCUCCCAAAACUGGCAAUUUGCUUCACAAAAUUCGAGAUUUUACUCGUUCGAUUCUCGUUGAUCUUUGCAAUGGCCGAUCUCCAGUGGUUUUCAUCAAUAAAUUCCGAACAUAUUGCGCGAAUUCCGCUGAAAACUGUUUCUGCCGUUCAAACGUGGCUUUAGGAACAGAAGCACUUACUCUCCAAAGGCAACCACAUGCUCAUAGGAUAGAUGUUCUGCUAAGGGUAUUGCUAAUUGUUCAGCAGCUUCUGCAAGAAAACAAGCAUGCAUCAAAGCGAGACAUAUACUAUACAUACCCAUCCUUAUUUUCAGAUCAGUCUGUUGUAGAACGGGCCAUCAAUGAUGUAUGCAUAAUCCUAGAAUGUAGUCGCCACAACUUGAAUGUAGUUUCAGUUGGGAAAGGGUUGGUGAUGGGCUGGAUAAAAUUUUUUGAAGAUGGAAAAAAAGUUGAUUGCCUAAGUAAUCCUAACACUGCUCAACCCAUUCCUGUCCAAGUUGAAGAAGUUCAAGAUAUCCUCGCUUUUGCUGACUACAUCUUAGUUGUUGAGAAGGAGUCAGUUUUCCAGCGACUAGCGAAUGACCAAUUUUGCAGCUUCAACAGAUGCAUUGUUAUAACGGGACGUGGAUACCCAGAUGUUCCUACUAGAAGAUUCCUGCGCCUCCUCACAGAGAAGUUAUACAUUCCUGUAUAUUGCUUGGUGGAUUCUGAUCCAUAUGGAUUUGACAUCUUAGCCACUUAUCGGUUUGGCUCUCUGGAAAUGGCAUAUGAUGCUGAAUUUCUUCGAGUACCAGAUAUUUGUUGGCUGGGUGCAUUUACAUCUGACUCUGAGAAGUAUGCUCUUCCUUCGCAGUGUUUCCUUCCGUUGACAACUGGAGAUAAGAAGAAAAUUGAAGCAUUGUUAAACAGAUGUUACCUGCAGCAUGAGGAGCCAGAUUGGAGGCUGGAGCUAGAGAGGAUGAAGGAAAACGGUGUUAAGUUUGAGAUAGAAGCAUUGUCUGUUCACUCACUUUCUUUUUUGUCAAAAGAGUACUUGCCUUCAAAAAUUCAUGAUAUGUCCCAAACGGUUGGUUUGAUGAAGUGCUGAUGUACUAUUUUUGCUCCUUGUCUCAAUUCCUGUUGCAUUCAGGCAUGCAAGAUUUGACAUUCCUCUUAAAUUUCGAUUGACUAGACCACUUAUGGGGACCCGACAUAGAAGAACUUGGAUUAUAAUGUAAACCUACAGAAGAUGGUGAAAAAGAAAGCAAUUAAGGAUUUGAAUGGACAAGUAUCAAGAUGUGAUGAAUAUUUAAGCCACCUGUACUAUACGAAGUAAGUAGACGAAUAUGAUACAUAUUUCUUUCAUCUUCUUAACAAUUAAUGUUUCAUGUGCUGAAUAUUAUGUUUUUUCCUCUCCCGUAUCCUAACUUCCGUGGAAAAUCUACUUGUCGAGUCGUUAAUGUUUGAUCAUCUCACUUCAUUAAUGCUGAUGUUCCAUGUUGUGCUGUCUGAGUACAUAUGCUGCGAAUCAAUACAGCAUGGAUGUUCUUUUGCCAUAUUUGUGUAGUUUUAGUGUAUUACUUUACAUAUGAAAGCAUGUUUUAGAGUGCUGGGGCUAGACGUUUAGUUUUUCCUUUUUUUAUAGGGUUGGUUUUAUUUUACUAUAUGAGAAGAUAUACGGCCUCUUUGAGCUUGAUUAGAGAGAUAUCUAAGUUUUGAUACAAUACUAAAAUCUUAAUCCUAAUAAUGUAGGGUCGUAGACAUGACCAAAAAGAAAAUCGACAUCAAAUAUCAUUGCUUAUAUUCUCUUUGCGCAUUCAUUCUCUAACUGAUAAAUUUGUCAUGAGAGUUGAUUGCACACAUGCCAAUGAGGUUUCAUCCUAAAACCAACUGGGAGCGGGAGGAGUUGCUCAUAAAACAUAUGUGUUAGCAUGGUUAUUAAAAUCGCGAUUCUGAUCUACGAUUUACGAUUUUACGAUCAAAAGAUAAGCGAGCGAUUCGAAUCAUAGGUAGAAUCGUAAGUUGGUAGAAUAUUACGAUUCUAAUUAAUAUAAAAUUUGUAGAGGUAGAAUCAUAACACGAUUUUACGAUUUUACACAUUUAUUUUU